CUCUCUCUCUCUCUCCCUCCAUCUCUCUGCAACAUAUAUACAUAUUCUUGGGAAAUGAGACUGAAGAUUAUACUUCUUGGGAAGCUAGUAAUUACAUGUGGAUUAUACAUAUAUGCUUGAAAUCCAAGAUUUUAUGACUGCCCACAUGCUCAAAAUUUGAUCUUUACAACUUAUUUAAAUGUUUUUGAGUACAGGUUAAGAGGUCCUUGAUCUGUGAAUUUGAAGUAAAGGGUAUAAGUCUGGUGGGUGAUAAAGAAUAGCCCUUUGUGCUCGAUUUGACUGAUUUUGUUGUAGUUAUAAUUUGGACCUGAAGUUAUGCCCCUCUCGGAGUUUUACGGAACAUCAAAGGGGAAAGUUGAAGGUUCCCGUUCGACUGAUCUCGCUUUUGUACCGAACACUGGGCUUGUUGAGUUAGUAUGCGAAAAUGGUCAAAUUGUGAUGCAAGAUCAGUCCAUUAAUAGAAAGGCUCCCAAGAUGCCUACGAACAAUUUUCAUUUUCAGACACCACGAUUCCUUGAUAAGGAUGUAGAGAUUGAAACUGGUUCCAAGGUGGGAAAAUAUGGAACAAUUGAUUCCAUAUAUAGUGAUAUCACUACGUCUGCGCCAUUGACUGAACCAGUUCUGACUCAAGAUGAUGACAUGGCACAGUGGUUUAACUAUCCUAUCGAGGAUCCUCUUCAACAAGACUACUGUUCUGAUUUCCUGCCAGAGCUAUCUGGUGUUACUGUAAAUGAACCCUCAAUGCGGAAUAGUUUUGCCUCUACUGAGAAGAGAGAUCGAUAUAAUCAGGUAGUUAGAAAUUCACAUACUGUUUCAGUGCAAAAUAAUGAGAUGGCUCCAGGGCAAGGAAGUGCAUCAAAGCCACCUCCUUCAAAGUAUGCCCCAUCAUAUCAUUGGUCAAUGCCACAAGGGCAAGCAUCAGUUUCAUCUGUUGGAUCAAGAGUUUCAGAUAUACAACAUGAAGCUUCUGGUAAUCUGGUUUCUUCACAAACUCCCACAGGUCAUCUCCCUAACAUGAAGAUGCAAAAGCAAGAGUCUGGAUUGCCUAGAAGUAACUCUAGCUUGUUGAACUUCUCUCAUUUCUCAAGACCUGCUGCCAUAGCCAGAGCUAAUAUUCAAAAUGCUUCCAGUAUCCCCCCUGUGGCUUCAUCAGCUGCAGAUAGGAUGGUAGUGAAUGAUACACUGCCUCUUGGCAGUGGUAGAAAUCCAGCAGAAUCUACACAACUCGACCAAAAUUGUUUAUCAAGAAAAGAAAUGAACUAUCACACUCAACCUAAUUUUGUGUCCACUAAGGUAGAUUCAACAAGAGCGGAGCCUAUACAAGUGGAGGAGUCACUUCCUCUUGGAAGAUCUGAUGCUGUUUGUAGAGAAGAUGCCAAUAAUAAUAAUAAGGACAAGUCGUCUAAUCCAUAUAUUGGUGGAACUAGAGCCAAAGGAGUGCUAGAAAAUGAAAAAGCUGGUGAGCCUGUAGGUGCUUCUUCAUCUGUGUGCUCGGGCAAUAGUGUAGAAAAAACUUCUAAUGACAGGAGAACAAAUGCGAAAAGGAAAAAAUGUCGAGAUGCUGAGGAGUCGGAAGGACAGAGUGAAGAUGUAGAAGAAGAAUCUGCGGGUGUUAAAAAAGCAGCUCCUGUGCGAGGAGGUUCUGGGUCCAAAAGAAGCCGAGCAGCAGAAGUGCAUAAUUUAUCUGAAAGGAGGCGUAGAGACAGGAUUAAUGAAAAGAUGCGAGCUCUACAAGAACUCAUACCCAACUGCAACAAGGUGGACAAAGCUUCAAUGCUUGAUGAGGCAAUUGAGUAUUUGAAGACUCUUCAACUUCAAGUACAGAUUAUGUCAAUGGGAGCUGGGAUGUAUAUGCCACCGAUGAUGCUACCAACUGGAAUGCAACAAUUUCAUGCAGCUCAUCUACCCCAUUUCUCGCCCAUGGGUGUUGGGAUGGGUAUGGGCAUGGGAAUGGGUUUUGGAAUGAACAUGCUAGACAUGAACGGAGGACCUCGUGGAUGCUCCAUGAUUCCGAUGUCCACAAUGCAAGGAGCACAUUUCCCCUCCCCGCAUAUGUCUGCGGCUGCAAGUUUUCAAGGCGUGGCUGGAGGCAACCUUCCGGUGUUUGGUCAACCUAGUCAAGGGUUUCCCAUGUCAGCAGCAGGAGCACAAUUGGCACCUAUGUCAGGACAGAUUCCUAUAAAAUCAGCCAGCGGAAUGAUUGGCUUAAAAAUGGGGGUCAAUGUGGAAGUUUCAAAAUCUGUUCCAGCUCCAACUAUGGAUUCCAAGAAUUUGAUGAAAACUGGCAACUUACAGGAGAUGCAGAAUGCUGAUGCCAGGAUUUCAUUGAACACGCAAUCUAGUCAGUUUCAUACACCAAAUGAAGAGUUUGACCAGUCUGCUUUGGUGCGAAAAACUGAUCAAGGGCCAGAUGGUGGCAGGACAGAUGUUGGUGGAAGUACAGAUGAUAACUCUACCAGGAAAAAUGACACACUACCUAGUAGAGAUGCUAUGAACUUGCAUCUCUAUCUGCAGGUAGUGAUUGACAGCAACAAUUGAACAACUUUUGCGGCCUCUUAAAGUUGAAUGUUUUGUAUCCUGAGUUUGGUACAGUGCAAUUCGGAUAUCAGAAGCACACGAUAUAAGGAUUGUGGAUGAGGUAAAGGUCAUAAACCCAUCUUGAUUCUUAGCGAGGAGUAUGCAGCAAGAAGUUGCGCAAGUUUUGAUAUUCAAAAGGAAUUGCAAAUUUUAUCCCCCACGUAUAUAUUAUAAUGUUGUUUGUGGCACAGUUAAUUUUCCCAGGGAUGUAAUCAUAAGUAUGUUUCCAGCAUGUGUAUCUUGGCAAUUCUUAAUAAACAGAAGCAUAUAAUCAUGUUCUAAUACAUUAUCUGCAAAGUCAAUUUCUUCCCA